CUCCCAAAUUCGCAUAAACUCUCCCACAGAUAUCCGACUCUAAUUCUCUCCCUCUUUCUCUCUCUCCCCCUCCCUCUCUCUAAGAAGAAAAAACCAGAAGAAGAAUAAGAAGAAAGAUGCAGAUUUUUGUGAAAACCCUAACCGGCAAGACCAUCACUCUCGAGGUUGAGAGCAGUGACACCAUCGAUAAUGUUAAGGCCAAGAUCCAGGAUAAGGAAGGCAUCCCUCCUGAUCAACAAAGAUUGAUUUUUGCUGGUAAGCAAUUGGAAGAUGGACGAACUCUUGCAGAUUAUAACAUCCAAAAGGAGUCGACUCUUCACCUGGUCUUGAGGCUUAGGGGAGGAACCAUGAUCAAGGUGAAGACUCUCACUGGGAAAGAAAUCGAGAUUGAUAUUGAACCAACAGACACCAUUGAUAGGAUCAAGGAGAGGGUGGAGGAAAAAGAAGGAAUACCUCCAGUGCAACAAAGGCUUAUCUACGCUGGCAAGCAGCUUGCAGAUGACAAAACAGCUAAAGACUACAACAUCGAGGGUGGCUCUGUACUUCAUUUGGUGCUUGCACUGAGGGGUGGAAAUCUUUAAAUGUAAUCUGUGGUUUCAAAUGAACCUGUUCUGGCUUUAUUGGGUUAUAAUGGUGCUUGAUAAACGUAGAGUUGAAUGCGUCUUGUUGGAAAUUCGGAAUACAUAACAGAAAUCCUGUUUCUAAGUUAAUUACUGUGGACAAAAUAUAUCUGCGGCAGUGACAUUUGCCAUUUUGCCGCACCUUCUGGUCA